AUGCUGGUCAUUAGUGAUUUGCCAUUCAUUCACUCCUUGGCUCAACAUGCAAUGCAAAUUCUACCAAGCUUCUUGGUAUUGCACAUCUCCAACACGCUUUGGGCCUUUGCCGCGUUGGUGGUGUCUCAUCCAACCUUUGUGGAAGCCGUUACCACCGCGGCGCUCACGAAGAUUGGGGCCUUCGGUUCCCAGAGUUUAUCAGCCACGGCGUGGUCGUUGUCCAAACUCGUUUGGCGAGACCAGACACUUUUAGAUGCCAUUUCAGCUCAAUCUGUACUGAAGAUUGAGUCAUUUGCUCCACAAAAUUUGGCAAAUACCUCCUGA